AUGUGGUGCUCCAGGAAACUGCAGCUGCUUGCCUCCGCCCUCCUCUUUUCUCCGCAAUUUUCCUCUGCCUUCUAUCUUCCUGGUGUGGCGCCCACGUCAUACGACCAAGGCCAACUGGUUCCGCUUCAUGUCAACCGUCUCACACCCACGAUCUCCGAGCUCGAUGAACACCUGCAUUCCGUAAUCCCGUUUGACUACUACUAUGCUGCUUUCCACUUCUGCCAGCCCAAGGACGGUCCUAAAGAUGUGCGGGAAUCGCUCGGGAGCAUCAUAUUCGGGGACCGCAUCCAUACAUCACCCUUCGAGCUUCAUAUGGCCAAAAAUGAGACUUGCAAGCCAUUAUGUUCCGAUGUAGUAUUUGACCCCAGAAGCAGCAAGUUCGUUAACCAAUUGAUAUGGCAACAAUAUAAUAUUAACUGGUUGAUCGACGGACUACCUGCCGCCCAAAUUAACAUUGACCAGCAAACUGAGACUGAAUUCUACAGUCCCGGAUUCCUCCUGGGCUCAUUAGAUGACGACGGGCAGCCCGUUCUCAAUAAUCACUAUAACAUUUUAAUUGAUUAUCACCCUGUGACCGGGGUGGGGAAGGAAACCAAAUACCGCGUGGUUGGUGUCCUUGUGCUCCCGGAGUCACGCAAGAACAACAAAAUUAGAGACGGAAAAGCGGAAUGUGACCCAGAUGGACCAUCUCUUGUUCUUAGCGAGGAAGAUGAAACCACUAUGGCUUGGACAUAUAGCGUGUUUUGGAGAGAAUCACCUACGGUGUGGGCUACCCGUUGGGACAAAUAUCUCCAUGUUUUUGAUCCGAAUGUCCACUGGUACUCGCUCAUCUACUCGGCGAUCUUCGUCGUCUUGCUUGUCGCUCUUGUGAGCACGAUCUUGCUUCGCGCUUUGAAAAAGGACAUUGCGAGGUAUAACCGGUUAGAUAUGAUCAACCUGGAUGAUUUGAAUGACACCUCCGCUGUGGAGGACGGUAUUCAGGAAGACUCAGGGUGGAAACUGGUCCACGGAGACGUCUUCCGCUGCCCAAAACAUCACCUUCUUCUUAGUGUAUUCCUGGGCAAUGGCGUACAACUUCUCGUCAUGACCGUCAUCACAGUCUUUUUUGCGUUAUUGGGUUUACUCUCCCCUUCAAACCGUGGGUUCCUAGGCACGCUCAUAUUGAUCCUGUAUACCUUCCUUGGAUUCAUUGGGGGCUAUGUCGCCGCAAGGGCGUACAAGUCGUUCGGCGGCGAAGCUUGGAAAAGGCUCAUAGUUCUCACCCCUGUUCUGACCCCUGGAAUUGCCUUUUCAACCUUUUUCUUCUUGAACUUGUUCGUCUGGUUCAAGGGGUCAAGUGGAGCUGUUCCAUUCACAACUAUGCUAGUCACUGUUUUGAUAUGGUUCGUCAUCAGUGUGCCACUUAGCGUUGCAGGAAGUUGGGUCGGAUUAAAGCAACCGGCUAUCGAAGGCCCGACUAAAACCAACCAAAUCCCUCGACAAAUCCCUCCAGCCGUAGGCUCCUUACGGCCCAUUCCAUCGACCCUUAUUACUGGCCUCCUCCCCUUUGCAGCUAUUUUCGUCGAGCUCUACUUCAUUAUGCAUUCGCUCUGGGCGAGUAAAAUCUACUACAUGUUCGGCUUUCUUUUCCUCUGCUAUUGGCUCAUGAUCAUUACAUCUGCAUCGACCACCAUUCUACUCGUGUAUUUCCUCCUAUGCGCUGAGGACUACCGGUGGCACUGGCGGGCCUUUAUUGGCUCAGGGAUGACUGGAGGAUAUGUAUUUUUGAAUGCACUGAUCUUCUGGGCUACCCGAGUGAGCUUCGGUGGAUUAACGGGAGCGGUCCUGUAUCUUGGAUACUCAGCUCUCUUGGCAUUCUUGGUUUUUGUUUUGACUGGAUCUAUUGGCCUAAUUGCAAGCUGGAUGUUUGUCCAACGAAUUUAUCGAUCUAUCAAGGUUGAUUAA